UGAAUCACACGACGAAGAUCCUGGGAUAGUUUCCCUCGUCAUUGCUCACUUCACCGCAAUCCUCUUUUGUUUUAUCUGAGCUCGAGCCGGUAUUCUACCCUGAGUGUUUUUUCUGUGUUUUUUUUUUCCUCUGGUGGUGGCAGACGGAGGGGAAGUGCUUCCUGAUAAUAAAGAGGUGCGUCUUAUUUCCAUUCCAGUGAUUGACUGCGCACGGCUUCCACCGCCGGAGCUGGGGGCAUUGACGCAUUGUGGAGUCGACAGGGGGUAGUAGCACUGCAAACCCCGGCUUCGCUUCACUACGGAGGCAUUUCUCUCGGCGGAACCGCGAUGGCCGUGGUGCAGCGCGACACGGAGGACCACCAACCGGAGAACGGCUUUGUGUCCCCCGAAACCACGUCCGCGGGGCUGCUGACACGCAUCGACUGCGCGGUUCUGCCGUUUCUCGGGGGAUUUGGGAAGUACCAGAAACAGCUGAUCCUGCUGACAUGGAUUCCGGCGUUAUUCAUUGGAUUCAGCCAGUACUCUGAUAAUUUUCUUCUGGCGCAGCCGAACAACACAUGUGUGCAGCCGCUGGGCAACCUGACCAACCACACCGUGGGUUAUUCCUCAUUAUUGGACGGACCGAAAAACAGCAGCGUGAAGCCGGCUUACGUUUAUGCAAAUGGCAGUUACAGCACCCACAAUGACACGACCAACAUGCAGUGUCGGUGCAGUGAGUGGACGUUUGAGCUGCACACAGGGCUCGUGCAGAACGUGGUUACCAAGUGGAGUCUGGUGUGUGACUCAGCAUGGAAAGUUCACAUCGCUAAGUUUUCUCUCUUGGUGGGAUCAAUCUUUGGAUACUUAGUGUUUGGAAUCCUUGCAGACUGGUUUGGCCGCCACCCAGUGCUCAUCAUAUCAGUACUGUUUAUGCUGGUGUUCGGUCUGACUGUGGCCUUCUCUGUCAACGUCCCCAUGUUCAGCACGCUGCGCUUCUUCGAGGGCUUCUGCCUGGCAGGGAUCACCCUCUCUCUCUACGUCCUCAGGAUCGAGCUGUGCCUGCCAGGAUGGCGUUUCUCCAUGACCAUGGUGGCCAAUUUUGUGGUGCUGGGCGGUCAGCUGUUGAUGCCUGGGGUGGCGUACCUCUGUCGAGACUGGCAGGUUCUCCAAGCGGUCAUCAUCUGCCCCCUCCUGCUGAUGUUGUCCUACAUCUGGAUCUUCCCUGAGUCACUGCGUUGGCUGCUGGCCACUCAGCAGUAUUGCCGCUCCAAGUGGAUCAUGGGACACAUCGCACAGAAGAACCGAGUGAGCAUGGAACUGGAUGCUGACAACAUUCUCACAGAGUUGCAAAAAGCUCUUCAGAAGAAACCCAAAAAGACAUGCAUUGUGAAAAUGGUCGGGACGAGGAACCUGUGGAAGAACAUUGUGGUGCUAUGUGUCAACUCGCUAACAGGCUAUGGGAUCCACCACUGCUUCGCCCGCAGCAUGAUGGACCCUGAAGCCCAGGAGACCACCAUGUUUCAUAACUUCUAUGCAGACUACUACACCAUGGCGGGCAUUGCAGUGGCGUCCUGCCUGGCGCUGUGUCCAGCAGUGGGCCUGAUGGGAAGGCGAGGCGGCCUUCUCAUGUUUAUGAUCAUCACAGCGCUGGCAUCGCUGUUACAGCUCGGACUGCUUAACUUGCUGGGGAAAUACAGUGGCCAUCUGAACAUUGAAAGCUCAGGUACGCUGAAGAAGAACUUCUCCAUUGCAUUCUCCAUCAUCGGCAUGUUCUCCUCCCACGCAGUCAGCAACUUGAGCAUCUUCUUCUGUGCUGAGAUCACACCCACUGUGAUCAGGGGUGGCGGUCUAGGCUUGGUCUUGGCCAGCGCUGGCUUUGGUAUGCUGACUGCACCAAUCAUGGAGCUCCACAAUCAAAAGGGAUAUUUCCUUCACCACAUUAUCUUUGCCUGCUGCACCCUUAUCUGCAUUAUCUGCAUCCUCCUUCUGCCCGAGACACGUUACCAGCCCCUCCCAGAGACCCUGGCAGAUGGAGAGAGUUACACUCGCCAGCCUCUCCUUCCCCCCAAGAAACCUGGAGAACAGCACCUCUUGCUGGCUCAAUCUGAGAGCAGCAGGGACUACACCAGGGUGCACGACACACCACUCCAUGAGGCAGCCAACACUGCAGCGUCCACGAUGGACUCCACUGCCUCUUCUGCUGUCGACUUGACCGCCCCGUCUGUCCCAGAUGUCUCCGCUCCACCGUUCAUGGAUGUUCACCAAGGAACGCCUGACUCUAAGGGUCCCAAUGGUCACACAGUUGCAUCGACACCUCCCAUCACAUCUUUGGGGAGGGACGGCAUCAUACAUGCAAGUAAAGAGCAUCUGUUGUCUUCCACACCUUUGCACAAGUCCCAGCAUGUUACAGACCCACUUUUAGCCAAUGCAGAGGAACCUCCAGCGAUAGUCCUGGAGGACUUAGAGCCAGCUGCCACUCCUGAAGAGAAUGACAUUGGUCUUUCCCCAAUCAAAGAGUUGCCCACAACACCUUCCCCUUCUUCAGACUCUUCCACUCCCGCCGUCCCUCAAGCUGUGCCUGAUUCUUUACUGAUCUGCACCACACCCAUCAUAGAACCCCCACCUACUUCAAUGUUAGAAUCCCCAAACCCGCUGGCUAAUGAUCUCGAGAGUAUCACCCCAGAAUUUGAUGAUAGUAUCCCCUUGGAAGACUUACCUUUUACAUCUAUGCAUGAAAGUCCCUCACACUCUCCUGAUCCUAUUACAGACUGCAACAUUCCCACUGAUCCUCCACCCCUAAGUGACAAACCCUCUGACUCUGACAUUCCUGUUCAUUUAGAAAUAGUAGAUGAAUGCACACCUACACCCUCGACUGAAGACUCUCAGGUACCUCCUGUGGUACACUCUGAGCCGGCACAGGAAGACCCACCUUCUCCCUGUGUCAACAAUGCCCAUUCCCCAAUUACUGAUUCCCCGGACCAUAUACCCUCAGCAGACUCUCCCCCUCCCCCUGAACUAGAAACUGACACCACCAGGACACCACCUCCUAUCAUACUCCCUGUCACAGACAUUGUCCCCUCCUCCACACCACAAUCAACCACUUUGACAGACAUUGCUCAGCCAGAGCAAGAUCCAGUACCAACAUCCCUCAUGGAUCCAGGCUCUGCAGAAGCAACCCCCCCUUCUCUAUUGGACUGCACCGUUUCCUCCCCCAUAGACUCUGGUGUCCUUUCCAUCAGUGCCAGCACAGAAAACAACACUGUCAAUGGCGUAGCGUCGUCUUGAUCCAGUAUUGGAUGCAGCCAGGAGAAAAGAAGCUUUACGGUUGCACAAGGAAGGCAGCCCACGCCACAUGACUAACCGAGAAGGAGGUAUGAACUCUCCUGCUCAGUCUCCAGGCACCUUAUGAAGACUGUCCAGAUCCUGGGGUCUUGUAGACGUGUCUUAUAGAGCUGCUGUACCUUUUUAAUCCCGCCCCUUCUUCCUGCGUUAAGCCAAUAAAUGAGACCAUGCAACAGAGAGAGUGCCAGAGGCUGGUUUUGAGACAAUGUGACAGCAUCUUUUUUUUUCAAUGUCACUGGAAAUCACCAGCCUUUAAACUACUUUGAUGUAAAUGAAUGGGAAAUCCCUGUCUAUCAUUUUAAAAAGACUUACCCGCAAUCACUGAGGGGACUGGUGAGAAAUGCAAUGAUGCUUAAAAAACAAACAAAAAUAAUCAAAUCAGUGGUACUCAAAUGGAACGUCCAUCUGACAUAUUUGUAUCGAAAUAUCGCCUUAUCUGUAUGGACAAAAAAGAUCUGAAUGCUAGAAAGUAUUUUUUGCCAUUACAUAGAAAAACAAUCCAAAUUUGAGCGACUUUUCUAAACAUAAGCCAAAAACAACUCAGACCAAAAUUAAAUGUAGAAAUAGUGCCAAAAACAGAGUAUAAAUGCAGUAUUUUCCUGUUUGUGGAAAUGCUGUUUACCACAGUACCAUGUUUAUGAGUGAAUCUCAUGAACCCUUCAAAAUAAGACUUAAAUUAAAUAGAAGAUGCAUCACAACUGGAUGAAUUAGAAUUGAAAGACAACAUUGGGGUCGCUACAGCGAUAUUUGAGAAAAACAAUGACCCAUAUUUUGUCGGUCUGAAGAAACUUUUAUUUUUUCACUCAUUUUAGUCGAUGAAAUUUAUGGUAUGCAAAUGCUCUUAUUUGUAAAUGUGAUAUUGUAAGUAAAUUGAUACUUAGUUGUUGAGCUUGAUUAAGUCUUUUUUUAAUUCAAAGUAUUAUUUUGAAUAAUCUCCCAUGGCGUGCCCUUAUUGUACAAAACCUCUACUUUAUUCUUACAGUAUUUCUGUCACCUCGGUGUGGUGGCACUUUAUUCUUUGCAGUUGGGGAAAAGCGCAUGAAACUAAUUGUUAAAGUGUCCGCUAAACAAACAAGCAAACCAUAAAAAAAACAAUUCUUUUUUAAAAAAUCAAUGGAUUACAAAGUGUUCGAUGUGAUCACCAACUCUAAAAGCAUCGCUAAUGUUCGGUGUGUUUUCCAAACAUGUAUGUUAUAUGUAUGUGCAUACAUUCACAUGGAAGUUUAAAAUGCAAUAUUUCAUUUAUUAAAAACUAAAAAUACAGGUCAAAUUCUUAUUUAUAAGACAUGAACCUAUUCAUAUGAAAUCGACUGACUCUUUUUUAAGGAGGCACUUUCUCUUCCAAAGCCUGCGUCCAGCCGUGGACGGCAUUAUACUUGACUCGUGUGUAACUGCUAACUGCACAGACGCAGUUACACACUUUGUGCAUUGGAGGUUGUUAAAAGACUGCAGAUGGGCAACUGUUUACAACAACAAUAAUGAUACAUAGGAAUAAUAACUACAUGUUACUGUAAAACAUAAGAGCCAACUGAAUGAUGUCUUGUCAUUUCAAAUGUGAUAAAACUUUCUCUUAGUAUCUCAUGUGUACGGGGGGAUAUUAUUAAUCUAUUAAGGUGUCAUUCAGGAAUCCAAGGUAACUCCAGGCUCUUGUUAUUUACAACCUGUGGUACUUUUAUGGAAAAUCUUGCAGGUACUUGACUCAAUUCAAAUAUCCUUUCACUUUAAUCCAGUUUAAAUGUGCACUUACAAAGGCAACAUAUCCUGUGGUAUGUGAAUGAUUGAGCAACAUAAUUGUGGUUGUUUUAUUCUCAAAAGCAGCUUGAAUCAAAGUAUGAAAGCUCUAUUUUUGGUUUAAUCCAAGGUGAUCUUGUAAACAAACUUCCAUUUAGUGAAAAAACAUUUAAUGUCUUACAUGCAUCUUGUAUGCCAUGCUGCUAAAGCCUCAAAGCACAAUGCCCUGCAAUCAUGUGAUGUCCAAAGUGCUGGCAUAUUGACAGAAAAGAAAAAGGGAAACUGAUUUUGCAUUUGAUAAAAAAAAAAAAUCCUGAAUGACACAACUUUUGCAAUUGUGAAACUGAAUGUUGACACUGGAUUUCCUGAGGAUUUUUGUUUUCUGCAGUAGAGCGUGGGUUGACUGCAGUGGUCAGUAGCUUCUCAUUAUUGAGUCCUCAAUGUCUGUGAGUGUGGAUCUCUCUGUCUCAGUGUGCAUAUUGCAGAAACUGAUCUGUGUAAGACGAUAUCACAGCACAGCACAACACAUCCAGUGUUUUCUCUGAGAUCUGUUUCUUCCAUUUCCACAACUCCCAUGCAGCUAUUUCAGAGUGCUGAUAGGAGCUUUUACAUUGAAAUACAUUUGGUUGGACUUUAUCGAGUUCAGUUCAAUUUAAAAAACACAGUAAAGCAAUCCAAAGCGUUAGCACCAGCGAUAGGGAAGAUAAGGAGGUGGAGAUGGGUGGAAAAGCAAAAGAAAGAGAAGGUAAUGCCUUUGUAAAUAGAACAUGUGUGGAGACGUCCAGCUUCAAUAAGAUGAAGAAUAACAGGUAGAAAAAAUGGACUGGUUUAAAGUUUUGAACAUGGUACAAAAAGUCUCAGACACAUGAAGUCCCUAGUGUACACAUUUCAGGUUUUGCUUCUCUCAAACUUGUGACUCAGAAUCUCUUGACGGGAGAUUUGAAUGAAUGUAAAAACCAUGGAUUGUACCAUUUUUAAUUUCUGAUUGUUUGAUUUCAUUUUGUUCUUGUUUUAACGGACAUAAUGCACUUGUAUAUAAGCCAUACCUGUUGUUAAAAUAAACCACUAUUUAUUGAUCAA